CUCACGAAGUUGAUCGACUAAAAAAACUUGAACAAACGAAUCCCCAAACCAAAACUCACGACUACAGCCGAUCGCUUUAUCGACCAGUCAGAGAUCCAUUCCGAAAGAAUCCCGAAGGGCGAAGUCAGAAUGGAAGCGCCGCCUUGCCGUAUUCGACUGCGACUAAAAUAUUUUACGACGAAGAAGAUGACAGAAUACCUUAUGAGGACCCAGAUCACGUGGUUCAGUCGUGGUCACGUGCUACUGAUAAGUUCGUUCAAGAGCGUUUUCAAUACGAAAGCAGUAGUUAUUCUUCAAGCACUAUUUCUGUAGUUAAAACAAAACUGAAACCUAAAAGACAGACUCCGUCCGAUGGAUCCGUUACAUCUAGCACGAGUGCAAGCAGUAGUGAAAAUGAUUUGUUUGAUGAUGAUGAUGAUGAUGAUGAAGAUACUUCGAGUGAAGAUCAAACCACAACUAUCACUAAAAAUGCUUCAACGACAUUCUAUACUCGUAGCACUAGUAGUGUAAGUUCUAUUAGCAGCAUCCCCACUAUUCCUUCACCAGACAGCUCAACCGUCGAGCCCGAAACACAAUCGAUAAAACCUACAGAACCCAUAGAAGGUCAAGAAGUAUCGAGAUCCAAAAAGCCGCGAUUUAUUCACUCGGUGCAUCAAAAGGGUCUUAAUUCUUUGUCUACCUUUUAUGCUGCCCAUCCUCAAUUCAUUGUCCUGCCUGCAUACAUGCCUGCAAGGAAGAUUUCCAAUCAAUGGCAGCCUUUUUGAUCAGUCAUUUUGUCUUUAAUUACCAAGGAAAAAAGAAACUGCGCGCGUUGUGUUCGGGUCUAUUGUCCUGGUGCAUGACUGUCAAGGCGAGGUCUUGUGCAGCGAAAGCGGCGAGUCAUAAAUCGGCAUCGUUAGUGUUAUUUUCCGUCAGCAACAAAAUAACCAAGGCCAGUGCAUGCGCACAAUUAAAUGAUGAACCGCAUGGUCAAUUACAAUAAUGGCGGACAAUAAGCGUAAAGAAAGUGUCUUUUCAUUUGGGACGAUACUUUUCCUAAACUUGGAGACAGAUUACUUUACGAGCGAAUAUUGCGAGAGAAUAAAUUCUAUCGUGAA